GUUUUGGCUAAAACACAAAUACUGCCCCGGCCUCCAUUCCCAUACCUCUCUGCUUCCGCAUCCACCUCCGGCGCCGGCAAUGGACUUGUAGAUUGAGUGAAAUCAUAGAGGUUUUUUGCACUUCUGCAUUUGAUUGUUCUCCGAAUGCUUCUUAGCUUUUAAUCAAAAGGGGAUAUGGAAAUAUGCAGCAGUCAACGUGGUAGUAGCAUCAUUUGGUUCUUCAGGGAUAGAGGCUUUGAUGAUAAAAGUAUUCAAGAGAUGUUCAAAAAGUGCAAGCGCCUUGAGGCUGUGCAAAGUGAGAAUGCCUCCCAGAACUGGGCUUACCUGAAAAGCAUUGGCAUUCAUGAGAGAAAGCUCCCUUCUAUUGUUUCAAAGUGUCCCAAGAUACUUGCACUGGGUCUCCACGAGAAGCUUGUCCCCAUGGUUGAGUGCCUCUCCACGCUCGGUCCAAAACCCCAAGAAGUUGCUGCUGCCAUUGCCAAAUUCCCCCACAUACUCUCCCAUAGUGUGGAAGAGAAGCUCUGUCCACUUUUGGCCUUCUUUCAGGCACUCGGUGUCCCUGAAAAGCAACUUGGCAAGAUGAUAUUACUCAACCCGAGGCUCAUCAGCUACAGCAUCGAAUCGAAGUUGACAGAGAUAGUGGACUUUCUUGCUACUCUUGGCCUUACCAGAGAUGGAAUGAUUGGCAAAGUUCUAGCAAAAAACCCCUUUAUUAUGGGUUAUAGCGUUGACAAAAGGCUACGCCCUACUUCAGAUUUUUUAAAAUCGGUAGGUCUUACGAAGCACAAUCUUCAAUCAGUGGCAAUGAACUUCCCUGAAGUUCUUUGUCGAGAUGCGAACAAGGUACUGCGACCCAAUUUUGCUUAUUUAAAAAGAUGUGGUUUUGGAGAUCACCAGAUUGCAGUUUUGAUAACUGGUUUUCCUCCCAUUCUGAUCAAGAGCAUCAGGAAUUCUUUAGAACCUCGAAUCAGGUUUCUGGUGGAGGUAAUGGGGAGACAGAUUGAUGAAGUCACUGAUUAUCCUGACUUCUUUCGGCAUGGGUUGAAGAAGAGAUUACAGCUGCGGCACAAACUUUUGAAGGAGAAGAAUAUAGCUUGUAGCUUGAGUGAAAUGCUGGACUGUAAUCAAAAGAAGUUCUUAAUGAAGUUUGGUUUGUUUGAAGGGUAUGCCUAAGGUGACACGCAGGGUUUCAAACUUUCAAGCCUUAAGUUUUUGAAGAAACCAACCAAUUAGAUCAUAAUAUACACUCCAAGACAGAAUACAAGAUAAACAAUAGGUUCAAGAAAUCAACAGCACGCGGCCUGCUUGUGUAUG